CCGCGCUGGUUCGCAGCCAGUGUCAGCAGGAAGCAGCAGAUGGCAGCGCCGCAGGCAACAGCGAGAGGAGACUCGAUGGGUUUCUGCUCUGUAUAACAGCCCAGGCUCAGUAGUCCUAUAGUAGACCAACCUGUGAGUAAGAAGCUUCAGACUCCUUCCAGAUAUUUUGAAGUAUAGAAGAAGAAGAAAUGAAUCUUGCAAAUGAUGGUGCAACGUUCAGUGCCAUUUAUGACUGGGACUAUGUUCUGUGGGAAGUUCGUUUGAAGUUACUAGCAGCUGGUUUUUUCAGCUACCUGGGAGUAUUUCUUCUAGCUCACUGGCUGUCCUCAUGGAUCAGUGCCAGUUAUCGCACUUUGUCAGCAAAGCAGAAGAUCUUCUGGAAUAUGGAUAUCACGCGUGGCCUGUUUGCAGUUCAGAGUUGUGGAGCUGGGUUGUGGGCCUUGCUUAUAGAUCCAGUUUUUCAAGCUGACCAAGUGUAUGCACAGCAAAAGUGGAGCUGGUUUCAUUGCUUAAUAGCCGCUGGGUACUUCUUGUUUGAAAAUGUAGUUUUUCAUGUGUCUAACAUUGUUUUCAGGAUAUUUGAUGUGUACAAUGUAGUUCAUCAUUUAUUUGCCUUUGGUGGGCUUCUUGGUCUGAUAAUUAACAUAAAGUCUGGACACUAUCUACCCCUGAUGGGACUGCUACUUGAGAUGAACACUCCUUCAUACUGCAUAUCUUCUAUUCUUGCAAGGAUUGGCUGUGCUCAUACCCUUUUUUGGAAGGCAAACCUAUGGGUAAAUAUUCAUAUGCUUCACUGCCGCAUGGUUCUUAUUUAUCACAUGUGGUGGGUGUGUAUUUCCCAUUGGAAUGACGUGGUGGAAAAUCUGGGACUUCCAUAUUUUAUUGUUUUUUUCAUGGGGUUAAGUACACUUACAUUAAUACUUAAUCCAUACUGGAUAUUCAAAACGACUCAGCGGCUCUUUGGUCCAGUUGACAGGAAAUUUCCAAAUACAGCAGUGAAAAAUGCAUCCUGUGAAAAUUUAAAGAGUGAAACAUUCCAAAAGAAGAGGAUAUAGUUCUGCAACAGCUAUUAGGGUUGCAGUAAAAUAUGGCCAGGAGAAAAUGGUGCAGGUUUACUAGCAAGUCCAUGAAAAUAGAAUUGCUUACAAGAAGUCUAUGAAUAUAUUGAUCUGUUUGCCGUUUGCUAUCAGUGUACUAUACUCAUUUAUCAAAAGUGUUUUAAAAUUGUUGUAGUCUAUCUUUAAAAUAUACACACACUCUUUGACUCAGUCAGGAUUGAUGCCAGUAAUUUUAGUCUGGGAGCAUAAUGCCAGACUGGCGUACAAUAUUGAACCUAUUAGUUGGCAAAUAUGGGCCCAUGCAAAGGUAAAUAUCACAUGUGUAAAGUUCCAGCAUGGAGCACAGGUCGACCUGGUUAUAGUGACCUUACAACAAGGACAUCACCAGAGAGCCAGAGUGAAUGAUUGAUGAGUGAGUAGAUGUGGGGUGAUCUUCGUUCGGAACCAACCCCCAGCCCAUUCUAAACCACUAAUUAGGUAAAAAUUAGUAACCACACCCCCACUGGGUAUGCUUUUAAGACAUGUGACUCCUUUGAGGAAAGAGAGUAUAAGAAUCAAGCAAAGUAAAUUACUGUGGUUGGGAUUCCUUAAUUGACGCUUGAAGAAGCAACGCUGCUAGACAGAGUAGCCAAAACUCUGCACCAUGGGCUGG